AUCAGCUAAGAUAGGCGCGGUUGGAUUUCAAGUCAAACCAAAGGAUGCAUGCGGCCUGACAGGACAUCGAACUGUGCUCGUACUUUGGAUUUGUGUUUGAUUUGCCUGAAAACCAACUAUGGUUAGUUUUAAUGCAGUCGUGGUGGCCAUGUCAAGUCUGUUCGUACACAUGCCCGAAGGAGCAAUUUAUAAUUGUCCAGACAUUUUUCACAAGGUUGAGGUCAAUGACACAACACCCAUUGGGCAUGUAGUGGUUACUACCACUGGAAAUAUUACACAGUUUAAUGGAUGCGGAAACUUUUUGGAACUAUCGAACGGGAAACUUGUAUUGAAAUCAAAGCUAACGACGCUUUGUGCAGACGAAUUGCCUCUAUGCCAAUUUGAUACAAGCGACUGUUCGAAGACGAAUAUUCUUCUUCUACUGACCAUUGUGCGAACCGCAUAUUACAACAUAUCUUACAAAGAAGAGAAUUAUACAGUAUCUAUAAAAGAGAAUACGAAAAAUGCAACAUUGCUGCAAAUCGGUUCCGAUAAACUGGGAGUAAAUCUCGCGAUUGGAAACUGUUAUAAUGGAGAUGAAACCUCGUGGGAGCGUCAAAAAUCAUUCGCACUAAAGACUGAAUCUGUGCCGUUUUUCUGGUCGGCCUCAAGAAACAGAAAUUCCUUAUAUACAUAUGGCAAUAUCGAUUAUGAGAAACGCACUGAAUAUGCCCUGACAAUCGAAGGAACAUAUGUGGGUAUAAAUGGUUCAGCAACAACGACGAUCUUUGUGGAGAUCAUUGACGAAGAUGACCAAAAUCCAACAUUCAACAUCACAGACGGUAUUGACUACAGACUGGAUAUCGCUGAAGGGGACAACGCGACAGUGAAUAGACCAUACACUACAACGCCGGUUAUAUCCGCAUAUGAUCCAGAUUUCGGCAUUAACGCAACCAUUAAAUACAAACUAAGAACUAUUACCCCAUCUGCUGGUGCGCAUCUUUUUACUAUCGACUCUGACAAAGGGACAGUCAAUGUUGCGGAAGUAUUGGACUAUGAAACGCAAUCGAAUUACCGACUCAUCAUCGAGGCUUAUCAAGUUGACAACCCACAGUCGCGCACCGCUCAAGCAACUAUAAACGUUAACGUCAUAGACAUAGAUGAUCACAAACCAUUUUUCCGACCGGAUGUUGACGAGGUGGUGUUAUUAGAACAUUCAGCCGUUGGUACACACGUGUAUAACGUGAAGGCCUUGGAUACCGAUGCAGGAGAAAACGGAUUCAUUACUUAUAGGAUCAUUGGCAAAACCGAGGCGUUUGAGCUUCUUAGAAUUGACAACAUUUCGGCAGCAUUGAAUGUUAAAGAUCCGGCGAAAAUUGAUAGAGAAAACCAGGAAAACAUUACCGUUAUUAUUGAACCGUUAACACAUCAUGGUGAAGCAGGUCAAAACAACCUAACAGUGAACAUUCGUCUAGAGGAUAUCAACGACAACAAUCCGGUUUUCGGUAUCCCUGAUCUGUCUGAGUUCAGUUUCACGUAUGUGAAUCAGUCUGCUGGAACGUCUAUAGGAAAGGUUGAGGCAACUGAUAAGGAUACUGGCGUUAACGCUCUUCUAUACUAUGAGAUAGUUAACGGGACAAUGAACGCAGGGAAUUGUAAUAACGAAAGUCCAUUUAUUCUCAACAAAACAACCGGGGUUAUUGUUAUGAGCAGAAGUAAUCUCCCAUGUGAUGGAUACCGAUUUGUUGUUCAGGCUUGUGACAAUCCUAAUAAUCCUAUUGCGAGGCGAUGCUCAAUUACUACGGUUGCGGUUGCUAGGAUAGCCAAUGCGACUGUGGAUAACCCUCGUCAGGACAUAAACGUCACGGAAUCCGUAACCAUCAAUACUUACGUCGCUCAACUGAUGUGUGGUGGCACAGGUUUGACGUAUAAAGUAAUACCCAAUAUAGCUGCAGUGCCGUUUGGUGUAUCUCCCAGCGGAAUUUUGAAGACGACUGGAGUUUUAGACAGGGAAAACAUUUCGACGUAUGAAUUUCUGGUGCAAGUUCUACCAAUCAUAUUCACAUUCAGAUCAUAG